AUGGAUAUUACUUUUAUUUUAAAUAAUAAUAAUAAUAAUAAUAAUAUUAAUAAUAUUAAUAAUAAUAAUACCACCAAUGACUAUGAGAACUCCAAUUUUGAAAUUGGAUGUAAAAAUAAUAGUUUUUUUAUUUUUUCACAAAACAGUGAAAAUUGUAAUGAAGGUGGCUUAAAAAAAAAAUAUUUCCAACCACCUACUGAUAUUGAAAAUAAACUUGAAAAAAAAGAAAAUAAAAAAGAAAAAAAACAAAAAAAAUCACAACAAAAACAAAAACCUAAUAAUAAUAACAUCCAACAACAAAAACAACAACAACAAAAACAACAACAACAAGAACAACAACCACAACUACAACAAAAUAUUAAAAAUCCAUAUUGUUAUAAAUAUAAUAAAAAUAAAUCCACACCUCUUGAUGAUAUAUCAAAUAAAAUUAUUGACCAACUUGAAAUUUAUUAUAAUCAAAAACCAAUUGAUAACUUAAUGUUUGAACCAACACCGGAGGAAGAUAUCCAACAUUUACAUAAUUUAGAAGAUUUUUAUGCUUAUGAAAUUCAAAGACGUAUAAAAGAACUCUGUGGUGAACCAGUUGAAAUUCAAAAACCAUUCCCAAUACCAAAACAUUUGCUUCAUAAUGAUGUUAAUGAAAAAAGUAAAAAAAGAGUUGUUGAAAAUGAUGAACCCCAUCAAAUUCAACAACAACAACAACAACAACAACAACAACAACAACAACACCUACACCAAAACCAAAACCAACAUCAAAACCAACACCAACAAGAACAACCACAAAGAUUUUAUAAAAAACCAAAACUUGUAAAUAAUUCAAAUCAAUUUAAAGAAUCAAAUAUGAAUGAAAUAAUACAUAUAACAAAAUUAUUAAAAAAGCAUUUUAAUUGUAAUGAAAAACAAUUUCAAAUUCAUAAAUUAUAUAAAGAAAUUCAAGGUAAUACUGCAACCAUAUCAAAUGUUAUUGAUAUCUUAGAAGGUAUUCAAGUGGUUUCAAAAAUUGGUACUACUGACUACUACCUUUGGAAUGGCACCAGUAGUGAUCAAUUCAAAAAAUUAAUUUUUAAUAUUUUUCAUUCUGCUUCCAAUUUCGUUGUAGAGGAUAAAAAUGAAUUUGCUUGCCAAAAAUGUGAAGAGUUUUUCUUUUUGAAUAAAAAAUUCCAAUCUCAACUUCAAAUUGAUCAAUUUAAUUUCCCAAAAAAGACUCAACUUUGUGCAAUUUCUUGUCAAAUAUUAAAAUUAUUAUUAUCACCAAAACUAAGAUCAAAUACGGAUUUCCUUUCAUUAGAACAAAUUUGUGAAAAUUUUUUCAUUAAAAAUAAUCAAGAAAAUUAUGAACAAAAAUAUACUGUUAUAAAUAGUAUUUAUAAUAUUAUAAAUGUAUUUUUGUCUAUUGGAAUUGUUACAACUAACGGAGAUUCUACAAAUCAAUAUAUAUGGUCUGGUUGUGCUUCUUCAAUGGAGUGUAAAUCAAGUUGCCCACGUUUAUUUUAUAGAAAAAAGAUAAUUUUCUAA